AUGAAUUCUGCACGCCUUCUCCCAGAAACCGCGGAGGAAGUGAAAGAGCAGGCAGAUCUUACAUCUCCGGGCCAGGUGAAAACCUUCAGCGUGCCCUGCGAUGUCGUCUACAACUCUGAUAUCAUUUUCUCGUGCGUUUCCGACACGAGGGCGGCCAAAAAUAUCGUUUUCACAAACUGUGGAGUAUUAUAUCAGCAAGACGGCAAUAGCUUAGAAGGGAAAGGUUAUGUUGAGCUAACCUCAAUUGAUACAGAAACUUCAAAAGACAUCAGUAAUGUUAUCACUAGUAAAGGUGGGCGUUACUUAGAAGCCCAACUGCAAGGCAGCAAAGAUGAAGCUGACAAUGGUUCUUUAAUUGUUCUCGGGGCGGGCGACAAGUCGCUCUUCGACGAUUGUCAGACAUGCUUCCAGGCGAUGGGAAAAACGGCGUUCUACCUUGGCGAAGUCGGAUACGCGACAAAAAUGAAUCUAAUACUGCAGGUCAUGCGUGGCAUUUCGCUCGCCGGUCUCACCGAAGGCCUGGUUUUAGCCGACCGAUCCGGAUUGUCGCUCAAGGACGUGCUGGAAAUCUUCAGCAUUACCUCCAUGAGCUCCCCCGCGCUGAUGGAGAAGGCGAACAUAAUCGUAAACCAAGAUUUCCGAAAUCCGCGCAUGCCUCUGCAACACAUGCAAAAAGAUUUGAAGCUGGCGUUGGAGUUGAGCGAUUCUCUACAACAACCUCUUCUGCUAACAGCUACGGCCAAUGAAGUUUUCAAGCACGCUCGCCGUUUGGGAUACAGCAAACACGACUCGGCCGCCGUCUACAUGCGCGCCCGUCACUAACUUCCACCUCGAGGAUUAGCUAAAUUGCAAUAGAUCCACUGUGAAGUGUUUUUGUAAUCUUAAGAAAGAUAAUUAGUGCGAAGUUACAAAGACUGAUGUGGCAAUUAUGAGGAACAUUCUCCCCUUAGAUUUCGAUGAGACCACCCGUAAGUUUAGACAAAUGUAAGAUAAUUAAAUCUUGUAAAAAAAAAUUUUGAUCAUUUUGAUAAUUGACCAUUGAUUAUGUAUAUUAAUCGACAUAUUUUAUUUACUUUCUUUUUUAACUUAGUAUACAAUACAGUUAGUUAAAGUUUUAUUGUAAUCGUUAACAUAGUGACUCGUUCUCACAGGACACCUUCGAACGUACUAGUUUAUUACGUUGAUUAUCGCAGAAUUUAAUUAAGUACAUGUACUUUUGUAAAUUGUAGUUAAUAUCUCUUCUCUGUAUUAAUGUUAUUACAAAUUUUCUAUUGA